UGUAGGCCUGGUCCCCGUGCUUGCCAUUUUCGGAUGUGAAAGCGUCUGAGCCUACCGAGAUAAGGUUCAACGUCACUGAAAGAGAUACCGCGCGGGGGUGCUUAAAUACCCGGCUGUUUCCCCGCAUCAGGCUCGCUGCAUCCAUUCUCGAUACCAGCUUCUACUUCCUGAAGCUCUUUUGUUCAACCCCAGACACGAUUCCCACAGCAAACUCGGACUGCUUGCUUGCAGCUACACCUCUCGCCAUGUCGGACAAGGGAUACUCGUACAAUGGCCACGGCACCAACAGCCAGGGUAACCACUACUGCUCGCGCGACUAUGGCGACGGCUCCAACUCGUACCACUACUCCAACUCCAACGGUUCUUACUACUACGCCAACCCCAACGGCAGCACGUACUACAACAAUGGCAACGGCGGCUCGACCUACACGGCGCCCAGCGGCCAGUCGUCGUCCUCGAAGUCCGGCAGCAGCAGCGGCGGCUCCGGCGGUAAGAAGUAGUCGGUAACGACUGUGCUGGGGAUUCGAAACCACUUGGCUCUCGGAACUUAUGCAUGUGAGCAGAGCAUACCACGAGGUGGCUAGAAUACCAUCAGUAUCUUGAAGAGCGGUGACGUACCGAUAUAUUUACGCUGCGCAAUGCCCCCUGACCCACGGCACUUGUUCCACUUCAUACCUAUCAUGCUAGUGCUAUUUAUGCUAUCAGUGAGCCCCCCGCGUCCUCCGAAAACCGAGGUCCUCCG